CUUCUUCCUUCUUGCUCUGGACUCCACACAGAUUGACCCGGAGCCCCCAGGUUUCUUGGGUGUUGUCCCCUUCCUAAGUCAUGGGAGCGGCCUCUUCCUUGGGUAGGUGUGGCCAUGCUGAAGGACCUGGAGGGUCACGUUCAAACUCAGCCUCUGGAUCCAGCCCUCAGAGGAGUCCUGGAGAUAGGCCCUCCCCUCCCAGUGCCGGUUGUGUGCAGGUCUGUGGGCCAGAGACUGAGACCAGCGGGACAGGUCCAGCAAACUCUGCCCUGUUUCCUGCUGAGAUCUUAGCUCCCAGGUCCAGCUCCAGCCCCCCUCCGAAGCCUGGACUGUCUUUGCCUUGUCCUCCACCUCCAUAAUGGGACACUCCCCACUCUCUGGUGAUUCAGGCUCCUGGGCAUAGGAAGGUGACUGGGGUGAGACAGCCUCUGGGGAGUGACUGCCCGAGCUCAAUGGGCCAGGGGACCUUUCUUGGCUCCUUUGUCUGCCACCAGUUCAUCUCAUGGAGAGGUCAUCUGCCCCUAGAGCCCUUUUCCAGCAUCUCCUAAGCAGGGGCGUGUGUAGGGGGCUGGAGGGUCUCGUGGCUCUGGCUGUUCCUUGUUUGCCUUGGGGCUGGACUAGCGAUGGGGAAGCAGUAGGUCUGGCUUCCCUUGGAUGGUGAUCCUUCCCUCCCCCUUCACCCUCCAGAGCUCACUGAUGGAGACACCUCUUGAGAAGGCCCUGACCACUAUGGUCACCACUUUCCAUAAAUAUUCGGGGAGAGAAGGCAGCAAACUGACCCUGAGCAGGAGGGAACUAAAGGAGCUGAUCAGGAAGGAGCUGUGUCUUGGAGAGAUGAAGGAGACCAGCAUUGAUGACCUGAUGAAGAGCUUGGACAAGAACAGUGACCAGGAAAUCGACUUUAAGGAGUACUCGGUGUUCCUUACCACACUGUGCAUGGCCUACAACGACUUCUUCCUGGAGGAUAGUAAAUGACCAGGGCUCAGCCCCUUCCCCCUGGUCUCCGCAGCCCCUCUCACAGCCCCUCUCUGGCCCCUAGCCCUCACCUCCCUUCUGGAUGGACCCUGCUUCCGCCUUCCCUUCCAGCAGGGCAAAUAAAG